AUGGGGCUGGCCCUCGAGAAGCUGCUGGGCGGGCCCGUCUGCCACAGCAGCACCCAACUCCUCGGCCGCGAGGACACCUACCCCCGCAACUGGUUCACCGUCUACACCGCGCAACCCCAGAACAACCGCACCACCCUUCUCCCCGCCCUUCGCGAGGCGACGGCCGGGUUCGUGGCCCCCUCCGCGGCGGCCGUGUGCUGGCGCCGCGACCCGGACCGCUGGUGGGCUCGCGUGUGGGCCGUGAUUGGCAAGACCAUGCCCCCCUGGCUAAACUGGUUCCUUGCGCCCGUGCCGGGGUGGCAGUGGUUCCCUGGUGUUAUGGCGCAGAUGAGCAGGCGGUUCGCUCUUUCAUCUGUCUUGAGUUGUGAAGCUGACGGUGUCGUCGUGUGGGUGGGUGUGAGCAGCGGCCGCGAGAUGCUCGUCGAGAGUGGACAUCCUCAAGUGCCACUACGACUACGUCAAGCGAGUCGUCCCCCCGAACGGCUGCACUGGGUCGAGCUGGCCAGCGGAUGGGCGCCGCUGCGCGCGGUGCUCAAUAAGCCGGUCCCAGAUGUGUCGUUUCCCAGGGCGAACGACGCCGCGGCCGUUGAGGCCACUGCGCGCGACAUCUUCAGGAAGACGGCCAUGGUGUGGGCGGUUAUCGUGGCUGUGACGACGGUCUUGUUGGGUGGCUUGGGUCGCUGGACUGGGGCGGUGGGCGUGUUGGUAAAGUGGUGAAAAG